UCCCAUCUGUCCAGCCCGGCGGGGACAGGAGCUCAUCUGGAGGAGCAGGACCCAGCCGUGCCCGAGCCCUCCGCCCGAAAAUGCCGCAGCCCUCGCAGCCCCUCUCGCUCCUGGUCCUGCUCGUCCUCGCCGCCACCGCCCGGGGACAGACCAGCACCGGCCCAAAGGUGCUGCAGCCUUGGCUCCUGGGCCUCACGGCCGUCGUCGUCUUCCUCUUCAUCGUCUUCGUGGUGCUGAUCAUUAACCGGUUCUGGAGCGUCAGGAAGCGCAGGAAGCAGAGCGACCACUCGGAGACCACGGGGUCUGACAGGAUGGAGCGCGUCGGCCAAGUCAACUCGGCGGCCGAGGACAGCGACGAGGAGAGCGACGGCAAGAAGGGAUCCAAGGCCACGUCCCUCUGAGCCCCCCUGACCCCACUGCCCACCCCGGGGCGCCGCCGCCGGGCACGGCGCCCUCACCCCGUCCGCGGC